GCGUGCUAUUCGGUACGUACUGUGCGUCAGCUCAUGGCCGUGGAGGCUUCUGGGAGUUGUAGUUUGCGCUACUCCGUCCGCAGGUUGACCCUACGAUGGCUUCAGCAGGGAGCAUGGAGACCCCGGAGCGUGGACACCAGCUCCCCUGCCUUAUCGGGGUGAGCGGCGGCACUGCCAGCGGCAAGUCUACAGUCUGUGAGAAGAUCAUGGAGCUUCUGGGGCAGAAUGAGGUUGACCAGAGGCAGAGGAAGGUGGUCAUCCUGAGCCAGGACCGCUUCUACAAGGUGCUGACCCCGGAGCAGAAGGCGCGCGCCCUGAAGGGGCAGUACAACUUUGACCACCCCGAUGCUUUUGACAAUGAUCUGAUGUACAUGACGCUCACCAAGAUCCUAGAGGGGCAGAUCGUGGACGUCCCCAUAUACGACUUCGUCACACACUCGAGGUUACCAGAGACCACGACAGUCUACCCGGCCGACGUGCUGCUGUUCGAGGGGAUUCUGGCGUUUUAUAACCAAGAGAUCAGGGACAUGUUCCACCUGAAGCUGUUUGUGGACACGGAUUCGGAUGUCAGGUUGUCUCGGAGGGUUCUGAGAGACAUGAAGCGGGGGAGGGAGUUGGAGCAGAUUCUGACUCAGUACACAACUUUUGUGAAGCCGGCAUUUGAGGAAUUUUCGCUCCCGACAAAGAAGUACGCUGAUGUCAUCAUCCCGCGGGGUGUGGAUAAUAUGGUGGCCAUUAACCUGAUCGUGCAGCACAUCCAGGACAUCCUGAAUGGAGACAUCUGUAAGUGGCAGCGAGGGGCUGUGAAUGGGCGCUCACAGAAGAGGAGCUUCCCAGGAGCCGGAGAUUCGGGAGGCGUUUUGGGCCCCGGGAAGCGCACUCACCUGGAGUCCAGCAGCCGGCCGCACUGAGCGCGUCCUGCCUGGGAUCAGACUCUUUACCUCAUCAUUCCACAUCAUGGAGGUGCAGACGGGGAGCGCUGGGACUAAUUUCAGCCAAAAUAGAGAGAUUUAAUUCUUUUUGAAACAUUUCUCAUAUGUCUGAUAAGAAUAGUCAAUAAUCCAUGGUGAUCACAGAAGACGAUGGUAAGAAGAGAUUAUCGGAUUGCACGGCGCCCCCUGCUGACGGGUACCCGCUAUGGGCACACAGGUUAAUGUGCACUAAAUCCUGGGCCCUGUGAUGAGGUCCAGGAGAUUCUCCCCAUCAUUUGAAUGUGAUUUAUCCGAGGCACUGGCACCUUUCUAUACAGGAAUACUUACAGUGAUGAGAGUUGUAGUCUAUAGCAGUGAUCUCCAACUUGUGGCUCUCCAGCUGUUGCAAAACUACAACUCCCAUUGUGCCCUGUAGUUGCAGGUUGUAAUGGCAUGAUGAAAGUUGUAGUUUUGAAAAAGCUGGAGCCGUGAUUGGCCGAUGCAGUACAAAAACAGCAUCACUACUGCACGUAUGUGAACGAGGGGACACGGCGCCUCAGCCAUCAAAAUUGCAGCCAAUCACAGCUCAGCUUUCAUUGCUUUAUAAGGGUGAUGGCUGCACUGCGAUUGGCUUCUAGGAGGACCAGUGUGCCCAAGGCCUUAAAGGGGUCUUCCAGAGCAGAGUCUCCUCUAGGCCAUGGAUGCUCAACCAGCCCUCCAGCUGUUGUAAAACUACAACUUCCACCAUCCCCUGGUGUAGGCUGAUAGCUGUAGGCUUUCGGGGAGUUGUAGUUUUGCAACGGCUGGAGGGCCGCAGGUUGGGCAUCCCUGCUCUGGGCCUGUACUACAUCUGCUGCAGCCAUUCACUGGCCUCUGCGGUGAUGCGUCCCCAUCCCUCUGGUCUGGACCCAAGUGGUGAGGAACAGCACAGUACCGGCCAAUAGUAAACUGCUGGAAUACCCCUUUAAAAUGUUCCCCACUUUACAUGACAGUUUAGCGCCAUUUACGUAUGGUUCUACACUUUCUCAUAGGCUUAGUCACAAGUCGCAUAUUUCUAAGUAGUGACCGCACACACGUAUUCAGAUAUAGUCACACACGGAAGAUAUGUUGCAGAAAUUGCUCCUGUACGCGAGAACGCCCCUGCAACCAAUCUACCGCUAUGUACAGCCCGCACGAUGGCCGAGCCCCACCAGUUAUACUUCAGUCUCCGCCUCCCACCCAGGCAGGGUUCUGGAAGCUGAGAUAUGAGUCACUGUUUGCAGAUUCCUCACACUGUUCUGUCUAUGCAGAGGGGCGGCACGGAGGUCCUCGUAUCUCAGCUUCCUGGAGGGGAGGUAAUCACGUGUUCUCCGGCUCUGUUUACUGAACCCACCUUUGUAGCUUAAUUAUCUUAAUUUUGCACUUUAUGCUUAUGCAAAUGAGCGGACCUCCAGCGGCCGUGGAGCAUGCUGGGACAUCCCCUGACAUGGGCUGGGGGUCCGCGGCUGCUGUAGAUGACUGAAAGCGACAUGGCACAAGUCAUCUACACAAUUCCUCAUCCAGGCUGCUGCCCUUUAAUGACAGAAGUAGGAGAACAGUGAUCCCUGAUGGUGGUUGUAGUCCCUAUUGUAUUGUUACACCUUUAUCUGUCCAGCAGAUGGCAGCACCUCCUGCAGGAGUAAAAUCACGACUGUUAUCUACUUGUUACUAGGAGGGGAUCGGGCCCCGAACUUGGUGUAACCCCCAAUAACAUCGCUGUCAUUAAAAGGAAAUUAUUGGACAAAUGGCAUCUGUCGGGUUUACUUCAUGUCAUUAGGUUCUGGGUGUGUAGACUUUUACAACUUUUUAUUAUUGCAUCAAAAUUCGCUAAUUUUUCUUACAAGUCUACAGUUUUGUGUAUACAGCUCCAAUGCGUCUCCAUGGCUACAUAAACCAUGGGUGUAGUCUGUUACCACGGGGACACACGGUAGUGCAUUGGAGCUGUAUGCACAAAACGGUAGAGGACCAGUGAUGCUUUGGAGCAAAGUAAGUUAAAAAAAAAAAAAAAAAGCAGACAUGUUUUUAAAGGGAACCCCUCAAUGUAUAAUGAAAGGUUC